GCCAAUCAACCAGUUUCCUCUCUCUCUCUCUUUCAAACUUUUCCUAGUCUUUUUCAGGAACCCAACGGACAGCAGGUGCUGAUCUAUACUCAGUGCCCCCUGAAGCGACGUCGCCAUGGCGUGUUGUCAGUGCGCGCUGACGUCAUCAGCCGUUCACUUCUGUGCUCCGCCUCCUGAGUGGUUCCGAGAGUGGGAGAGAGCUAGAGAGAAAGAGGGGCUACGAGAGAGAGAGAGAGAGAGAGAAAGAGGAGGGGGGAGAGAAAAAGAGGGGGGAGAAUACCAAUCCUCUCCUGAGCCUACAGCCGUCAGACGGCCGUCGGAAGCUCCCGUAACUCCCUGCUCAAGGCCUCAGCUCCAAAGAGCCAGACUCGGAAGACGCUGAAGCAGGACGAGGCGAAGCUGUUUUUUUUCGCGGCUCACAGCGACAGUCAGUGAUGGAGAGCCUGCUGGAUAAUCCCAUGAAAGCUGUCCUGUACCUGAAGGAGCUCACCACCAUCGUCCAGAACCAGCAGAGCCUGAUCCAGACGCAGCGCCAGCGCAUCGACGAGCUGGAGCGCAAGGUGGAGGACCUCAUCGGCGAGAACCGACUCUUGAGGGACCCCCACCACUACGUUCAGCAGCCGGCUCCGCUCCAGCUCCAGCACCAGCUCCAGCAUCAGCUCCAGCAUCAGCAUCAGCAUCAGCAGCAUCACCACCACCAUCCAGCCGCUCAACGCCGCGUCAGACCCCCAAGCCCUACGUUCGGCAGCCGGCUCCGCUCCAGCUCCAGCACCAGCUCCAGCAUCAGCUCCAGCAUCAGCAUCAGCAUCAGCAGCAUCACCACCACCAUCCAGCCGCUCACCGCAGCGUCAGUCCGCAGGCGCCGGCCCACCUCCAUCAGCAGCAUCAGCAGCAAGGGACACCAGCCCCCCCCCCAGCAACAGCAGCGGCAGCAUCAGCAGCAUCAUCAUCAUCAGCAGCAGCAGCCGACACCUCCUGCACCGUCCUCCCACCACCCCCAGCAGCUGCAGCUCGUCCCCACCUCCCCGCAGUCUCCAAAAACGAGCCAAAAAAGCCCGGACUCUGUUGAGGAGGACAAGAGGAGCCCCUGCUGCAAGUCCCUGGUCCCGCAGACUCCCACCACUCUGUGCCGCUCAGUGGGUCUGGCCAGGAAGGCUGAAAACCAAACAGUGCUGCACCAGUUCUGCUGCCCGGCCCCUGAUGCCCCUGAGGGGGAGCCCUCAACCGCCUGUGUCCCCAGCGAUGACCUUCCUCCAGCGUCGUCUUUGGGGGAGGAAGGGAAGGGAGGAGAGGAGGGGGAGCUGCAGAGUGAGGUCCAGUCACAGCCACAGCCACAACCAGAGCCAGAGCCAGAGCCAGAGCCAGAACCACAGCAGCAGCAGCAGCAGCAGCAGCAAGAGACUCGACCACAGACCCAACCGUUACAGCCACAGGUCCAUACUGAACCACAGCCUCAGCCCGACAUCAAACUCCAGCCAGAACCUGAACCCGAACCUGAACCUGAACCCGAACCUGAACCUGAACAACCAGAGCUUCAACCUGAGCUCCAAGUUAUUUCUCCGAGUGAGGAGCCCCCACUAGAAACUCCUCCUGAAUCACCGAGCAGAGAGGAGAGGGUGGUAACGGAGCAAGAGAACCAAAAGUCAGAAGAUGUUGCAGAGGAGUUGAAGAGGAACCAAGAGGCAGAAGAGGUCGAGAGCCAGAAGGGUGAGGCCACCCAGGAGGGAGAGGAGGAAGAAGAAGAAGAGGAGGAGGAGGAGGACGGGGCAGGAGCAAAAGGAGGUGGGGCUGGAAGGAGAGCCAGUCUGCACCACACUGCGUCGCCCCUGAGGGUGCAGCGCAACGGGGCCGGCUCUCACUCGGCCACCUCGGACUAUGAGCUCUCGCUCGACCUGAAAAAUAAGCAGAUCGAAAUGUUAGAGCAAAAAUACGGUGGCCACCUCAUCUCCCGCCGUGCCGCCUGCAAGAUCCAGACUGCCUUCCGCCAGUACCAGCUCAGCAAGAACUUUGAGAAGAUCCGCAACUCAUUACUGGAAAGUCGUCUCCCUCGACGCAUUUCCCUGCGCAAAGUCCGUGUGCAGAACACGGAGGGUUUCUCCGCUGAACGGGCGCUGGCAGAAGGAUGUAACCUGGCAGGUAUUCCUUUGGUGCGUUCACCAUCUCUGCCCACCACAGUAGGGGGCACCUUGACUGACCUGGAAGACAGCUUCACUGAGCAGGUCCAGUCACUGGCCAAGUCCAUAGAUGAUGCACUCAGCAACUGGAGCCUGAAAACCAUGUGUUCACUGCAGGAAGGAGGCGCCUAUCAGUUCACUGCUGACUCCUUCAGCAGAGCAGGAGUAGGAGGUGGUGGAGAAGGAGGAACCCUGGGACAGGGUACAACAAUUCAAGGCUCACUCGAUCCAAAUGACCUCUCAAGAAAUGCAAGCAAACUGAUGAUGGCGUUCCGAGACGUGACGGUGAAAAUCGACAGCGCCAACUUCAGCGUGUCGUCGUCUGUCCUGGAAUCGUCCACUUCUGUCACCGUCCAACCAGACGGGACUUCAACCACCUUCACGACCACAACCUCAAACGCCUCACCAGUCUCUGUCCCAUCACAUCAACCUCCUCCUUCACCCGCAAAGGCCUCAUUCGACCCUAUAGAUCCUCCGCCCCCUCCCCAAGAACCUCCCCCGCCUCCAGAAUCAGACAUAGACGAAGGCGACCAGGAUAUUGAAUUCCCCGCUCCUCCUCCAAGUGAAGAAGAGCUCGCAGGUGAGGACCAACCUCCCCUGACCCCUCUAGAAAAGAUGGCUUUGCCCCAAAGCCCAGAGAAGAUCGUGGUGGUCCCGCCUCCACCCCCGCCUCCACCCACUGAACCCCCGCGGGCUCCGCCACCGCAGGACACCGUAACGCAGAGGAGCCCUCCUGUGGUCGAGCCUCUCGGGGUGAAGAGGUGCAGCUCUGAAAUGGCAGACAACAGCUCAGAGCAGAUGAGCAGCAGCAGCACGUCCACAGAGGCACGCUCCACGUCGGAGUCCUCCUCCAAAGAAGCGCUCCAGGCUAUGAUCCUCAGUCUACCGCGCUACCACUGCGAGAACCCGGCCAGCUGCAAGUCGCCCACGUUGUCCACCGACGUCAUGAGAAAACGCCUCUACCGCAUCGGCCUCAACCUCUUCAAUGUAAAUCCUGAUAAGGGUCUCCAGUUCCUCAUCUCCAGAGGCUUCAUCCCAGACACACCCAUCGGGGUGGCUCACUUUCUGCUGCAGAGGAAGGGCCUGAGUCGGCAGAUGAUCGGAGAGUUCCUCGGGAACAGCAAGAAGCCCUUCAACAGAGACGUCCUGGACUGCGUGGUGGAUGAGAUGGACUGCUCAGGCAUGGAACUGGACGAAGCUCUGAGAAAGUUCCAGGCUCACAUCCGUGUCCAGGGAGAAGCUCAGAAGGUGGAACGCCUUAUCGAGGCCUUCAGCCAGCGCUACUGCAUGUGUAAUCCCGAUGUGGUGCAGCAGUUCCACAACCCCGACACCAUCUUCAUCCUGGCCUUCGCCAUCAUCCUGCUCAACACCGACAUGUACAGUCCCAACAUCAAGCCUGACAGAAAGAUGUUACUGGAGGACUUCAUACGCAAUCUACGAGGUGUGGACGAUGGAGCGGAUAUCCCCCGAGACAUGGUGGUGGGCAUCUACGAAAGGAUACAGCUCAGGGAACUGCGCUCCAACGAAGACCAUGUGACCUACGUCUCCAAGGUGGAGCAGUCCAUCGUCGGCAUGAAAACGGUUCUCUCUGUUCCUCACAGAAGACUGGUGUGCUGCAGUCGGCUGUUUGAAGUGACAGAUGUCAACAAGGCCCAGAAACAGGCGGCACAUCAGAGAGAAGUCUUCCUCUUCAACGAUCUGAUUGUGAUCUUGAAGCUUUGUCCAAAGAAGAAAAGUCCUGCUGCCUACACUUUCUGCAAAGCCAUGGGCCUACUGGGCAUGCAGUACCACCUUUUUGAAAAUGAAUUCUACCCUCAUGGCAUCACCAUCCUUUCGCCUUUUGGCUCAGAAAAGAAGCAAGUCCUCAACUUUUGCGCCCAAAGUGCAGAGGAGCUGCUGAAGUUCGUAGAAGACCUGAAGGAGUCCAUUGCGGAGGUGUCAGAGAUGGAGCAGAUCCGCAUCGAAUGGGAGCUGGAGAAGCAGCAGGGAGCCAAGACGCACUCGGUAAAGAACGACACACAGCUAGAGCUGCGUGGCAAACAGGGCUCUCCAUCAGGAAAGCAAGAGGUAGACGACAGGAGCGGACACAGUGCUGUAGAGGUGUCAAUUCACAACAGGCUUCAGACGUACCAGCUCAGCAGCAACAACACGGCUCAGAACCCUGAGAACGCCGCCCUUCCUAACCACCGGGGGGAGCUGCUUUUCCCGCAGCAGGCACCCCAAGGCGUAGCCCAGGGUCCGGCAGCACCGUCACCACCUCUUCAGCACCCGCAGCUGCAGUCAGCGGCGAGCACCCCCGCCCACCACCACCACCACCACCUCCUCCUCCAGCAGCAGCAGCAGCCCUCCGCCAGCAUGGCCGACCUGCAGCCCGACACGCUCAUUCAGUGUCAGCAGAUCGUCAAGGUCAUCAUGCUGGACAGCAGCGGGCACGGACGGGUGGAGGCCUUCCUCAGCCAAACUCCAACGCACCGCCAUUACCAGCAGCACCACCACCGCGGCCACCGGCAGAUUAGUCAGUCGGCCAUGUCCACGCCCGUCCGCUCCCUGGGCGUCAGUGACGGCCACCAGCCGCCGCUGCCUCCCCCGCCUCCGCCUUAUAACCACCCGCACCAGUACAUACCCCCAGACCCUCGCCUCACCCUCCACAGGACCCCCAGUGACUCUCGGAGCAUGGUGUAAAUAAAUGAGUUAGUAUCACGUCACCAAACGCACACUCCUCCAUCACCUUUCUUAGCUACGUAUCUAUAUAAAUGUACAUAUAUACAUACUACUAAAUACAGAGCUAUAAUUAAAAAACACAAAACAAAUCACUUAUAUGCAUAUUUAAGAAGAAACAUAAACAGAAGAUAAGGUUUUAAAAGAAGUCAAUAAAAAUAAAUGAAGUGCAUAUAUUAUAUAUAUAUAUAAAAAAAACCUGUACUUGAUUCCACAUGUAUUUUGAAAUAUGUAGUUUUAACAAAUUUCUAUAACUUUUUGUCAGUUUUAAACUUCACUAGAAGAAAAACGGAUCCGCUGUAGUUCCAGUGUUCACCACCGGUAGGAGCAGAAAAAUGUGAAAACCCUCUCGCUUUUCUCCUGCUUUGUGUUUUUUUUUUUUUUUUUUUUUUUGUUAACUGCUCCCCAAAUGGAAGCAGGGAAAACAAACCCUCGGUGGAAUUUUUCCCUCGCCGUCUGACGUCCCAACGCUCACGCCUACUGUGCUGUACGUACGCAUGCAGCGCAACGCUGACACUAGAAAACGAGAAAAGUACCAUGUGCCAAAAUACUUAGAUACAUUCAUAUACACUGCGUACAUACAAACACAACUCCUUGCACUUGACUUAAAGCUAGGGCUAGACGAAAAAAAAGAAAGAAAACUCCUGCUCCGCUCACGCUUCUCUUCAGGAGCAGGAACUGAUAUUUCAUUUCUUGUAAAAUUAAAAAAAGAAAAAGAAAAAAAAAAAAGCUUCUCCCCAGCUGCGAUUGCCCUGAUUUUAUCAAGAGCUUUCUGUCUUCUUCUCUCCUUCCCCCAACAUCCGAUAAGCUGUGUUUUUUCAUCUGCGUCUCCCUUGUGUCGAGGCUCUUUAUCAUCAGAAAACACACUCUGUCGGUGGUCGAUGGCGAAUCACGUGGACUGUUGCCAAACCAAAAAGUAAACCCAGGAUCGAUUUGUGUUGUUCCUAACUUUUAUCCAUUAUUCUUAGGAAUUCUGGCCAUAUUGAUCUGCGGAGCCGAACGGAGGAACUCUACUCUGAAUAUUUUGGACGCGUUUGACCUAAAACUGCUAGUGAACUUACGUGAAACCACUAUACCGCAUUAGUCCAUGUGUAUUUAUUAUUAUUAUUAUUAUUAUUAUUAUUAUUAUUAUAAUACUUGUAUGUGUGACACACUGUGUUCAUCCAGUCUUUGUGAAAUGCUUCUUCACAUUUUUCAGGAAAUCCAGUUGAAGAUUUUUUAGCUUUGGGCGUUAAAUGUCGACUAUUGUUUAUUUUCGCGUCUGUAUAAAUGACGGACUGAGCUUACCCACGAGGCGUCAACACACUGUCUGUGAUUGUCGGUGCAUCUCCUAAAUGGUGUUUUUAUUUGUGUUCCUUUUCGUAUUUCCUAAGUUACCAAGGCAACAACAAAAAAUAUCAAGUAUUACAACAAGUACUCUGAAGUUUAUAUAGUAGUAAUACUGUAUGGCUAAAAAUUGGAAAACACCGUCGAGAUGCUAAAAUAAGACAGAACUGAACAAGAGUUGACCCAAACGUUUAGGUCAGACUCAACAUGUUAACUGAAGUUAGAUGCUAGGUACUUAAAGUACCUGAACAUUAGGUGAAAUACGUAUAUAUACUUUAGGCUAAAAGUAGUGUAUGAACACGUCAGAGGUUAGCUAAUAUUCCAGUUUAAUGUUAAGAGAAAAAUAGGGGUUAAAAUAGUGAACGGAUAAUGCUAUAUUUAGUC